AUGAUUGGGGGAGGAAAUAUUACAGAGGUCACCUAUUUCAUCCUAUUGGGAUUCUCAGAUUUUCCGAGAAUCUUACCAGUGCUCUUUCUCAUAUUCCUAGUGAUCUAUAUUACAGGUCUGACCUGGAACUUGUCUCUUAUCUUCUUAAUAAGGAUGGAUUCCCUCCUCCACACACCCAUGUACUUCUUCCUCAGUAAACUGUCCUUCACAGAUAUCUGCUAUGUUACCUCCACAGUUCCAAAGAUGCUCUCCAACUUCUUCCAGAAACAGCAAACAAUCACCUUUGUGGGCUGCAUUGCCCAGUACUUCAUCUUUUCAACCACAGGACUGAGUGAUUCUUGUAUCUUGACAGCCAUGGCUUAUGACCGAUAUGCUGCCAUUUGUAAGCCUCUGCUCUAUUCAUCCAUCAUGUCUCCCAGCCUCUGUGGUCGGAUGGCACUGGGAGCCUACAUGGCUGGGCUCACUGCUUCUUUAUCUCAACUAUGUGCUUUGCUUCAGCUCCACUUCUGUGGACCUAAUGUUAUCAACCACUUCCUCUGUGAUAUGCCCGAAUUGUUAAUCUUGUCCUGCACUGACACUUUCUUCAUACAAGUCAUGCUUGCUGUAUUUUCAAUAUUUGGCAUAACAAAUGUUCUAAUUAUCCUGAUAUCCUAUGGUUAUAUUGGCAUCUCCAUCAUGAAGAUCACUUCAGCCAAAGGGAGGUCCAAGGCUUUCAAUACCUGUGCUUCUCACCUGACUACUGUUUCCCUCUUCUAUACAUCAAGUAUGUUUGUUUAUUUGAGUUCCAUCACUGGUGGUUCCUCCACUUUUGACAGAUUCGCAUCAGUCUUGUACACUGUGGUAAUUCCCAUGAUGAAUCCCCUGAUUUACAGCCUGAGGAACAAGGAGGUCAAAGAUGCCUUGAAGAGGUUGCAAAAGAAGAGAGGUCACAGAUUGGGAGAAGUGUGGUAG